AUGACGACCGUGUCCCCCUCGCAGGUGUGCCAGAACUACCACCAGGACUCAGAGAACACCAUCAACCGCCAGACCAACCUGGAGCUCUACACCUCCUACGUCUACCUGUCCAUGUCGUACUAUUUUGACCGCGAUGAUGUGGCUUUGAAGAACUUUGCCAAAUACUUUCUUCACCAAUCUUGUGAGGAGAGGGAACAUGCUGAGAAACUGAUGAAGCUGCAGAACCAACGGGGUGGCUGAAUCUUCCUUCAGGAUAUCAAGAAACCAGACUGUGAUGACUGGAAGAAUGGGCUGAAUGCAAUGGAAUGUGCGCUACACUUGGACAAAAGUGUGAAUCAGUCACUACUGGAACUGCACAAACUGGCCACUGAGAAAAAUGACCCCCAUUUGUGUGACUUCAUUGAGACUCAUUAUCUGAAUGAGUAGAUGAAAUCCAUUAAAGAAUUGGGUGACCAUGUAACCAACUUGCACACGAUGGGGCCCCCGAAUCUGGCAUGGCACAGUAUCUCUUUGAUAAGCACACACUGGGAAAUAGUGAUAAUGAGAGCUAAGCCUUAGGCUGGCUUCCGUAGCCACAGGGGUGACCUCCCUUGUCACCAAGGCAGUGCAUGCAUGUUU